UUUUCACCCCAAAACGCCAUGCCAAUUCCUUGCUUUUUCUUGGGUUUAGAAUAAUCAUGGAACCAAGAAAUCAAACCUUAUAAAACCACAACAAUUUUCAUCGCCAAAUGGCACUGCGACUCUCGGCCAUAGCUUCAUCGACACUCAUACGUCGCCGUUUGCCUCUAGUCGGAGCCUUCUGUGUGCUAACUUUCGGCCUCUCCAAUCUCUCUGUCCCUUUCUCCAAAACGGGUUGUGCUCAAUCCCUCCCCUUUGCCCCUCUCUUCAGAUCAAAGAGUAGAAGUGUUCAUAGUGUGAGAAUGGAAGCUAGCGAUAAGACUGUGCCCAGUAUCGUAGUCUAUGUCACUGUUCCUAACAAAGAAGCUGGUAAGAAAUUGGCUGAAAGCAUAGUCAAGGAAAAACUUGCGGCAUGUGUUAAUCGAGUUCCAGGCGUCGAGUCAGUUUAUGAAUGGGAUGGAAAGAUACAGAGCGAUUCUGAAGAGCUGCUUAUUAUCAAAACUCGGGAAUCUCUCUUGGAAGCUCUCACCGCACAUGUGAAUGCCAACCAUGAAUACGAUGUUCCUGAAGUGAUUGCCUUGCCCAUAGUUGGUGGCAGCCCCCAGUACCUGGAAUGGAUCAAGAACACUACAAGAGAGAAAUGAUUUUGCUUUAAAUAAGAUUGUCUUUCAGUCAUUGUACAAAUUUACUUCCUGUAAUGCUAUUUUCUGCCUUUGAACUGGUUACUAGUACUACGGUGGAUUAAUAAAGUGGCAGAAAAUUUCUCAGUUCCCCA